CUGCCUACUUUUUCAAGUCCUUCACAAUGGAGAUCAGAGAUCCGAAGAGAUGGAGGCAUCCAUCAAGUUCAUCUCCAGAAAUGUUUUUCAGGAGGAUCUCUCAGGAUGAUCUAAAUCAAGACACAACCAAAGGGAAGAAUAGUAGGAACUUCACAGUUCCUGAUGGUGGAACUGAAACCAUGGUUGAAACUCCAAUUCAAGAGGGCCUUGUCUCCUUCAAGGAGGUGGCUGUGUAUUUCUCCGAGGAGGAAUGGUCUCAGCUGGAUCCUGACCAAAAAGCUCUGCAUUGGGAAGUCAUGCUAGAAAAUUACAGCAGUGUGGCCUCUCUUGGUAAGGGUCUUUCCUAUUCUCCAGUCAGAGACUUCAGGAAGCCAUUUUGUAGUUGGAUACCACUGGCUGUUUCUUAUUUUAGAAAAUCUCAAAUAGAUGUUAUCUCUGGAGAGGAAGCAGGUAGAAAUACGCCGUUCUCCUGCUCCUAAGAAGGAA